CUGAGUCACCCGGGCGUGAAGCAUAUGGACAACCACAUUCACAAAUAAUUUCACAAAAACCUAACAAAAGACAGAUCACACAGCACCAAUAUGGCUUUCAAAUACCCAGAUGUACGGAGGGAUAACAGUAAGGUGGAUGAUUAUAAUGGGAUAAAAGUUCCAGACCCAUACCAUUGGCUGGAGGACCCUGACAGUGAGGAGACCAAGAUGUUUGUUGAAGAGCAAAAUAAGUUGACCAUGCCAUUCCUGGAACAGUGUGCAGUUAAAGAGCAGUUCCACCAGCGCCUCACCGAGCUCUAUAACUACCCCAAAUACAGCUGUCCUUACAAGAGAGGAAAGAGAUAUUUCUAUUUCCACAACAAGGGUCUGCAGAACCAGCAUGUGCUCUAUGUGCAGGACUCUUUGGACAGUCCUGCGUCUGUGUUCUUUGACCCAAACACUCUCUCAGAGGACGGAACUGUGGCUCUCAAGAUGGGUCGCCUGUCAGAGGAGUGCGAGUAUUUUGCUUAUGGUUUAAGCAGCGCGGGUUCUGAUUGGGUGACUGUAAAGUUCCUGAAGGCUGAUGAUCUCACCCAGCUGCCUGAUGUUCUGGAGAGGGUAAAGUUCAGCUGCCUGGCCUGGACCCAUGAUGCCAAAGGCAUCUUCUACAACUGCUACCCUCGACAGGAUGGCAAAGCUGAUGGAACUGAGACCACCACAAACCUAAACCAGAAGCUUUACUACCAUGUAAUUGGCACCAGCCAAUCAGAAGACAUCUUAGUGGCAGAAUUUCCUGAGAAUCCAAAGUGGCACAGUAGCCUUACUAUUUCUGAUGAUGGCAGGUAUGCAGUGCUGUCCAUCACUGAAGGCUGUGAGCCAGUGAACCGUCUGUGGUACUGUGACCUGCAGCAGCUGUCCAAUGGCAUCACAGGUUUGCUGCCAUGGGUGAAGCUGGUUGAUACAUUUGAAGCACAGUACAAAUACAUCACAAAUGAGGGCACUGUCUUCACUUUACACACCAACAUGGAUGCACCGCGCUACUGUCUCAUCAACAUAGACCUGCAGAAACCAGAGCAGACACACUGGAGAAACCUAAUAACUCAGCACGAGAAGGACGUCCUGGGCUUUGUGGAGUGUGUGAACCAGCGUCAUCUGCUGGUGAAUUAUGUGCAUGAUGUGAAGGACAUCUUACAGCUCUAUGAACUAGACUCAGGAAAACUGAUUCGAGACCUGCCGUUAGAUGUGGGCACUGUAGUUGGACUCAGCUGCAAGAAGAAGCAUUCUGAUUUUUUCUACAAGUUCACCUCUUUCACUACACCAGGCAUAAUCUACCACUGUGACCUGAGUCAGCCCAACCCAGAGCCCACAGUCUUCCGACAGGUGCAAGUAAAAGGCUUCCAGCCGAGUGACUACCAGACAACUCAGGUGUUUUACCCUAGUAAGGAUGGCACAAAGAUCCCAAUGUUCCUGGUACAUGCGCGUGGAAUAGAAAAAGAUGGCUCUCAUCCAGUCUUCCUGUAUGGUUAUGGAGGCUUUGAAAACUCAAUUCAGCCAUACUACAAUACUGCGCGUCUACUUUUUAUACGACACCUGGGUGGUAUCCUAGCUGUUGCUAACAUCAGAGGAGGAGGAGAGUAUGGCCAAACCUGGCACAAAGCUGGCAUUCUUGGGAACAAGCAGAACUGUUUUGAUGACUUCCAGUGUGCUGCUGAGUACCUGAUCCAGGAGGGAUACACCACUGCCAGCCAAAUCGCCAUCAACGGAGCCUCCAACGGUGGCCUACUUGUGGCGGCAUGUGUGAACCAAAAGCCGGAGCUCUUUGGCUGUGCGGUGGCUGAGGUCGGGGUCAUGGACUUGCUUAAGUUUCACAAAUUCACCAUUGGUCACGCCUGGACCACUGACUACGGCUGUGCGGAUGACCCCGAACAGUUUAAAUGGCUUAUCAAAUACUCCCCCCUUCAUAAUCUUCCUCAGGCCCCUCGAGACGGACAACCAUACCCUGCAAUGCUGCUGCUGACUGCCGAUCAUGAUGACCGCGUGGUGCCCCUGCACACUCUCAAGUAUGUGGCCACUCUGCAGUAUGGAGUGGGCCGCAGCCCCGGGCAGAGUUAUCCACUGCUGGUCAGAGUGGACACACGCAGUGGACACGGUGCUGGGAAACCCACUGCCAAAGCUAUCCUUGAAGACACGCACAUAUUUGCCUUUAUAGCUCAGACACUAGGUCUGAGUUGGAGGGAGUGAGAGACAGAGAGACAAAGAGACAGAGGGGGAAGAGGUGAUUGAGCAAGGAAUGUAAUAAGGUAGCAAGUGAUUGGAAGUAUAAAACAUGGGAAGUACUAAAUGAUCAGACUUUGUAUUUUUUCAGCUUGGUCAGCAAUAAUUUGUGGAGAUAUCAUUUGUAUUCUCUUAGCACAGCAAUGUUCAGUAAAGUUCGGUUUUUAUUAUCUUCUUUAUAGUUCUAAUAAUAAAUAAAUUAUUUUUAGAUCAAUCCAUUGAAUCUUAAAUCCUACAGAUGUCAAUUUACUGGUUUGCAUUAAUUGCAAUACCCAAACAAGCCACUAAGGUGCAGUAAAGGACUACAACAACCGUGUCAACUGUUCUACCUGACCACACAUCUAGUGGCCCCAAAAAGUAUUUGGACACAUCAACCACACUUAAAAAUGUAAUAUGUUAUUGCAUUAGAUAACAAAAUAGAAAACCAAGUGGCAUUUAUUUUAUAAAAAGAUAGCACAAUCUCACUUUACAAGCAAAACAAUUUCACAAAAACAAGCUGGUUAGGUUAUAAAUGAUUAAACAACAGAAAUAUUAUUUAAAAUUAAGACAAAAGUUGGAAAAGGAACACAAGAUAAAAUACAGGGGGAUACAUUCAGAAAGAAGAAUGAUUCAAAUUUCAAUAUCACUUCACAUUGUGGUGCCUAUGUUGCACAAUGACAUAAUUACAAUAGUGAUAACUGUGUAAUUAUACACUGUUCCACAACAUAAUUACAAGCUAAGUGCAUGUUAUUCAUUACUAGUACUAAGUACUUUACCGUAUCCAAGUUGCAGUGUAAUUACUCAUGUAAAAUGUGACCUAAAUUGAAAUGAAGAUGGCUUUGAGGACACCCAUCAAAUAAAUGGAGAGAAAAGAAUUUAGGAAUAAGACAUGAAGAGAUUGAAGGGGAAAGGUGUGUAUAACUGUGAUCACAGAGUGUUUAAUCUGAGAACCUGAGAAUUAAUCUGAUGAAGUGUGACGGCCCCUGAACAGAGCAGGAAACAGCUUGAACUGUAAACCCCAGACGUGAUGACUCAAACAAGACUUUCAGAUGAAUGCACAUUCAAAGAGUUGAGAACUAUCACAAGAAAUGAAAAUUGAUUGAGAGGCAAAACCGCUUCUUAAAGGGACCGUUCACCCAAAAAUGAAAAUUAAGUCACAAUCUACUCACCCUUAAAUUUUUUGCCAUAUGCCAUAUGAAUUUCUUUCUUCCACCUGAAAGCAAAUUGGCAUUUAAGAGAAUGUCAUGGCUGCUCUUUUCCAUUCAAAAAUAGCAGAAGUACCAUAAAAGAAAUCCAUAUGAUUUUUCACAUAACGCUUUCAUAG